AUGAUCAGCCCCAAGAAAUCCACCUACUUAAAGAAGCUGAAGAAGAUGGGCAAGGGGGAAAAAAGAAUGUAUUUACUAAGAACCAACGAAGAACUGGAUGUGCAUAGUGCUAACAAACCCUCAGUAGCUGGAAAAGGCCAUUUUGUUGUCUACACCACAGAUCAAAAGCGUUUUGAAAUUCCCUUGUUGUAUCUCAACAACAACAUCUUCCUUGAGCUCUUAAAGGUGUCUGAAGAGGAGUUUGGAAUAUCAAGUGACGGGCCAAUAACAUUGGCAUGUGAUGCAGUUUCCAUGGAUUACACAGUCUCUCUAAUAAAACAUGGUGCAGAUAAAGGCUCCGAAAAAGCUUUUAUCGAUUAUAUAACUGCAAGUCACUGCACAUCUUCUUCUGCCACAUUUCUUCAAGAAUUUACAGGAAACCAGUCACUUGUUUGCGGCUGCUGA